AUGGACAUGGAGAAGGUCAACUCCAUGGACUUCGGAGAGUUUGUGGAUGUGUUUGGGAAUGUCAUUGAGAGAUGUCCUCUGAUUGCAGCUGCUGUUUGGUCCCAGCGCCCAUUCUCUGACUUGGAAGAUUUAGAAAAGCACUUUUCUGCCUUUAUUGAUGCACUGCCACAGUCAGGCCAGGAGGGCAUCCUGCGCUGCCACCCGGACCUGGCCGGCCGCGAGCUGCAGCGGGGCACGCUCACGGCCGAGUCGCAGCGAGAGCAGAGCGGCGCGGGCCUGACGAGCCUGGGCGCGGAAGAGCGGCUGCGGCUGGCCGAGCUCAACGCCCGGUACCGAGCGCGCUUCGGCUUCCCCUUCGUGCUGGCCGCGCGCCUCAGCGACCGGCAGGCCGUGCCCCGCGAGCUGGCGCGCCGGCUGCACCGCCCGCCCGCGCUGGAGCUGCGCGCCGCCCUGGACGAGGUGAAGAAGAUCGGCCGCCUGCGGCUCGCCGACCUCCUGGGCACCGACCCCUCCCGGCUGUAG